AUGAAAACUGAUAACCAUGAAAGCCGAAGCCCGAAAACAUGGGGAGCGGUGGGUUGUGCCUUGUUCCUCCUUCCCAUCCUCUUCCUCGCGUCUCCGUGCUCUCUCGUGACUGCCAUCUGGCCGGAUUCUUCCAUACUAAGACGGAACGAGGCAAACGCGUGCUUCAAGGCACGCCGGAAGUGGUGGAGUGAUUGCCAAAGGGCAGGGCAAGAGGAGGCCAGCCGGAAUAUCGAAAGACCCGGCCACGGGUCCUCUCGACCGCAGGCUCCAGCGGUUAAAUACGAGGCCGAUUUCUUGCGAGGGCUAAACGGCAUGGUUGGGUUACAGACGUCCGUCCUCUCUCGUACAGGCGGUGAGGUCACGACGCCAAUAAACCCCCCAAAACCCGCCACCGCCCGCCACUUCCCGCCGUGGCUCCGCUUCUCUGAGCCAGAAACGCACGUCUUUGGCUGCCAGGCAUCGAUGGCAAGCGUCACGACAGAGGCUAUGGCGGCAAGAAAACCUGUACCCGACAUUUUGCCUCCGGGCGUAUGGGCAAGCCCUGGCCUGGACCAGCCGGUCGACAAAGAAAGGGCGUCGCGGGAUAUGUAG